UCCCUCUCCGAGGCUCAAGUCUUCUCUGUAUCUCUCUGUUCACACACCAUGGCAUCGGGCCACGCCACCGUCAAGGCCGUUCUGUCGGGCGACACAUUGGUGCUCAUGGGCGCAGCCACCAACGGGCCUCCCCCUGAGCUCAUGCUGACCCUGUCAUCACUCCAAGCUCCACGUCUUGCGCGCUCUCCUGAGCAGAGCAACGAGCCGUACGCAUGGGCGAGUCGCGAGCACCUUCGUAAGCUGUGCAUCGGCAAGCAGGUUCGCUUCAAAGUGGAGUACCGGGUCCCUGCCAUCAACCGCGACUUCGGCUCCGUGUGGCUUCCUGCCAAUUCGCGCGGCGUGGAGGAAAACUUGUGCGUCGUCCAGGCGCGUACGGGCUACGCGCGCGUCAAGACGCUAGAGCAGUCGCGUGACGGUGUGUGUGUGGACCACGAGAAGAUGCUGCAGCAGGAGCAGGUGGCUAUCAACGAGAAGAAGGGAAUGUACGCCGACGCAGACGUCGAGUCCAAUGCCACAGUUCAGUGGCACGGUGCCGACUCUGCGGCGCUGCUGCAGGAGCACAAGGGCAAGCUUGUUCCUGCUGUGGUGGAGGCUGUACGGGACGGAGCCUCCCUGCGUGUGAUCCUCAAGCCUUCGUUGCAAUUGGUCAACUUUGGGCUGUCCGGAGUUCAAUGUCCCCGACUCAACCCGCCCGUGAACGCUGCGGAGUCCGAGGAGCCUGUUCCGACUGGACCGGCGCCUCAUGCACGUGAAGCCAAACACUUUUCAGAGGUGCGACUGCUGCAUCGUGACGUGGAGCUGAAGCUCGAGGGUGUCGACAAGUACGGCAACUUGUUCGGCAGUGUGGUGCACCCCUCUGGUCGUAAUAUCAGUGUAGAGAUCCUCAAGAUUGGUCUGGGACGGAUGGCCGACUGGAGCUCAGCGUUCACCAGCGCGUCAGCUCGCGCGACGAUGCGCAACGCUGAGAAGGAGGCGAAGCAGCAGAAGCUACGAGUGUGGAAGGAGUACGAGGCUCCUGUACUGCAGUCGGACAAGCGCAUGACGGGAACGGUAGUGGAAGUUAUCAGUGGCGACUGUCUAGUCGUGUACGUCCCCGAUGCUGCGACGCCAGCAGAGCAGGAGAAGCGCAUCUACCUGAGUUCGUUGCGUGCUCCUCGUCUGGGCAAUGCGCGUCGUGGCGAGCCCAACGCUCCGUACGCUGCGGAAGCCAAAGAGUUCGUGCGUCACCGUGCCAUCUCCAAGACUGUGCACAUUGAAGUGGAGUACGAGAAGCCCAGUCCUUCCGGACAGGGGGACGUCAUGACGUUCGCCUCGGUGUUCCUGGAGCCUUCAGCUAACGCUCUGAAGAAGAACCCGCAAGCCAAGGGCGCCAACUUGGCUAUCGACGUCGUGGCGGCUGGUCUGGCUGAGGUGGUGCGUCAUCGUCCGGAUGAAGAGAAGAGCGAGUACUACGACGACCUUGUGACGGCGGAGACGAAGGCGCAGACACAGAAGAAGAACUUGCACUCGUCCAAGGAGCCUCCUGCCACUGAACGUCGCGUGACGGAUCUGUGCUUCGACGCGACCAAGGCGAAGCAGUUUCUGCCUUUCUUGACUCGAGAACGUUCGACUCGUGCUGUCGUGGAGCACGUGUACUCGGCUACACGUGUGAAGCUGUUUGUGCCCAAGGAGAAUUGUCUAAUCAACUUUGUGGUGGCUGGGAUCAAGUGUCCUCAGCCUGCUCGUCACGGCGCUCAAGGUGUUAUCGUGCAGCCAGCUGAACCUCUCGGAGAAGAGGCCAAGUUGUUUACUAAACGCAGUGUGAUGCAGCGUGAAGUGAUGGUCGAGAUCGAGGACAUGGAUCGUGGUGGAAACGCCUUCGGUCCUCUGUUUGUGGUGCCCAACGGCGGCGGUAAACCUCUGCGUGAUGACCAGCACAACUUCGGUGUCCGUCUACUAGAAGAGGGUCUUGCUUGGGUGGAUUCGUUCAGUGUGGAGCGUACAGCUCUUGGUAACGUGCUUCAACGAGCCGAAGAGCGUGCCAAGGCGCAGAAGAAAAAGUACUGGGCUACUCACGAUGCUCAGGCUGCAGCCAAGGCAGCUCAGACGAAGCAGGCCAAGACGAAGGACGAUGCCUUCCCGCGUGUCAAGCUGUCGGAGAUCGUGGAUGGCACGCAUUUCUACUUCCAGAACGUGGGCGACCGUAACUGUGCUGCGGUGGAGGAGAUGAUGAAGGCCUUUACACGUACUCACGGUCUAGCUGGUAAGACGUUCGAGGUGCGUCGUAACGCUGUGUGUGCUGCUCUGUUCGACGACGGCAACGGGCCUGCCUGGAACCGUGUCAAGGUUGAGUAUGUGCAUCCGGACGGCUCUGCGCGUGUGCGCUUCCUGGACUACGGUAACGAGACCACCGUGACAGCCAAUCGUCUGCGUCCGCUGGAUGCCGACGUGCUUCAGUUCCCCCCUCAGGCCAAGGAGGCUGUGUUCGCGUGGAUCAAGCCACUUGCUGCUACGGAGGAGUUCGGAUCCGACGCUGCCUUGCGUCUCGGUGAAGUCGCGUGGGGCAAGACUCUGUCGUGUCGUGUCCACAGCACUGACGACCGUGGCCGCAUGCAGGUCUCGCUCUAUCUGCCUGAUGGCAAGAGUGUCGCCGAGAACUUGGUGGAGGCUGGACUGCUGCGUACCGACCGCAAGGCGCUUCGCUCGUUCCUGCCCUUCCAGAAGCCAGUUGUCGACGGACUUCUCAACGCUCAGGAGACUGCCAAGACGCAACGCCGUUGUCUGUGGCAGUACGGUGACAUUGAAUCGGACGACGAGCACGGUCUGUAAAUACCGUACGUCUACUCUUGUUGGCAGACAGAAAAGAAUCAUAGGAGCUCGUAACUCUUUCAGACCCAACU